AAGUAAAAUUAAAUUCUGGCAGGAUGGUGAAAAGGCGGUACACAGAUCUAGGGCAACCCCUGCCGGUGCGCCUUUAUGCACUCUCAAACGAAAGUCACUCAUUCGCCAAGUUUACAGGACGAUACCCGCUUUUGAUCAGCUUCGAAGACAUUUUGAAGUGUCGCACGGAUUUGAUCUUUACGCAAUGGAUCUUGUGAUUUGCAUAUACGAUAUCGAGAAAACAAUGGAAGUAAAAAUAAAAUGGCAAUAUAAGUUUCGAGCAAGAGGCUGA